UCAGUGAGUUGACAGAUACUGACUCAGGCUGAGUCAGUAUCGUGAACCGUCAGUACUUGUCAUUUUAGUGGUGUGAGAUGUGACUGUUUUCGCAAUUUUCAAGAAAAACUAAUAUGGAUUGAAUAUAAAAAAUGUAUUUUCAAUUACAAAUAGAGAUCGCCAAUUACUUGGACGUCCCUACUUAUCUAAAGCAUUAACGAGAUGGUUCUAAUACUAAGUUCAGUAAUUGCGAGAAGAAUUCCUUUUUUGAAUCAUGCUUUUUAUAGUUUUCAGGGUCAUUACGUAAAUAAACAUGAAGACGCAUUAUGUCAAUGCCAUGGCUUUGACCAACAAAAACGCACGUUUUUAAACUUUUCUAACUCAAACAAAACCAGAGUAUACUGUGGAAGACAGCUAGUUGGGUUCACAAUGGAUCAAAUGUUUGAAGUUGUUUCUGAUGUAGAUAAUUAUUACAAGUUUCUACCAUGGUGCAAAAAAUCUAUAGUAUUAACGAAAACCCCAGAUAAUUUAAAAGCAGACCUCAUCAUAGGAUUCCCACCAAUCAAUGAAAGCUAUACAUCAAAUGUUACACUAGUCAGACCACAUCUUGUCAAGGCAGAAUGCAUGGAUGGUAAACUUUUCGAACACAUGCUUACACUAUGGCGUUUUAGUCCUGGACUAAAAAGAGAACAAAAGUCAUGUGUAGUGGAUUUUCAAAUAACAUUUGAAUUUCGUUCAGCUCUUCAUUCCCAUUUAUCGAAUUUAUUUUUUGACCAAGUAGCGCGACAAAUGGAAGGGGCAUUCAUAAAAGAAGUUGGUAGACGCUAUGGCCCAGCAACAAUGCAACCAAGAAAUCUUCUACUUAACAAUAAUGCAUUGAAAAGUUGAUAAUGACUUCCAUGUUGUAGUGAAAUAUAGACCAAAUGUAUAUGACGAAACUGUAAGUGUAUUUAUUGUGAUUACUUUGAGUAAAAAUAUAUUUGUGAAUAAUUAUUUAUGAAAUUAUCAUGAAGCAAAGCUGACAUGUGUUACUAGGAUAAAUUAAUAAAGGCAAGUUAUGAAA